GAAGUUUGACAGCAGAGAAAUUUUCUUUCGAAUUCGUCCGCCUGUCGGAAGUGUUUACAUCGUUUAUAAGCAAAAAGCAAGUGAUUGAGCUAGAAAGUUAUGUUUUUCUUGUGAUUCGGGUGUUUUAUUUGGAUUUACAACUUGUGUAGUAGUAUUCACUAAUAAUUACAGAAAACAAUAUCGUUCAAGCAUGGGAACCAGUAACAAUGACUCAGUAAAACUAGAGAAACAUCUAAAGCUGCUCAAAGAGGAAUACACCAAGUUACAGAAAAAUUAUGCCGAAUUGGAGAGAAAGUAUAGUAAGGCGGCUGCAUCGAACGAUGACCACGACCUGGGCGAAUUCAGUAGCUUUGUUUCCCGUCUUGUUAUGACCGUCGCAACUCUGUAUGGACGUAAAACUUACUCGGAUAUAACGGUCAAGCUGAAGGACAAAACCAUGCCAGCACAUAAGUUUGUAUUGAAUGCACGCAGCGAAGAAUGGCGCGAAGAAGUCAUAGCCGACAAGGCAGAACUAGACUGGUCCGAUCUGGAUGCCGAUGUGGGCUAUGCGCUGCUUCGUUGGAUCUACACCGAUGUUGUAGAUCUACAGCACGAUUCGUUAGCUUUGGAUCUGCUGAAAACGUCCCAUCGGUUCAAGCUUCCCGGGUUGAUGGGUUUGUGCGAACGAGCUCUGGUUUCGUCGGUAUCGGUAAGAUCGUGCGUUAGAUUUUACUGUGUUGCUGAAGAAGUCGGAGCCGCCAAUCUACUCGAAUAUUGUUCCGGACUAAUAUCGACUCACUGGGAUGAUCUGACUCCUCAGGAUUUUGAGCAUAUGUCCGGUCCGCUGCUGUACAAAAUGCUCAAAAGCAAGACGAAGCACCCGCUGCAUGCCGCCGUCCGGUUACUACGCGAAGACGUUGUAUUCCUGUGCUUGGUAGAAAACGACGGUUCGUUAUCCGAAAUCGUUAACAGCCUUUCACCUCAAGGACAAUUACCGCUAGGUCUAGCCCUGAUGGGACGAAGCAAAGCGAUUGCGCAAACUCUUCUGGAAACUGGUGGAGCCGAUAUUAACGCCUUUACUUCAGAGGGAUGCACUCUCCUGAUCGACGCCAUCAAACGAGGGGACGGUUUCACAGCACAAUAUCUGCUAGACAAGGGCUGCAACGUGGAUUUGAUAACACGCGACACCUCCGACACGGCACUGCAUCUGGUUUGUGUAUAUUCGGAGAAAAGUGCGGAUCCGGAGACGUUCCGCGACAUGCUGGACAUUGGCCGACAAUUACUGAAACGACGAGCUGAUCCGAACGUACAGAAUACAAAAGGAUACACACCGCUACACAUUGCUAUCACCUCUCAGAAUGUGGACAUGAUCGAUGAACUCCUCAGUGACGGCGUGCUGAGCCUGGAUACCAACAUUCGUACGGUAGAGGAAAAAUGUGCCUUGCAAUUUGCUUUAAUGCCACCUCAUUCCGACGGACCACCGUUCGAUCUAGCACGUAGAUUACUGGAGAAAGGAGCGAGACCUAAUCCUAUUAGCUCCGACAAUGGCGACAGUUUGCUCCAUUCGUUGGCCAAACACAAGCUCGAGGAAGCAGCGGUGUUCCUGACGGAAUACGCGAAUUUGAACCACAUCAACAAAGCAGGACUAACGCCAUUACAUGUGGCCGCUAUGAACGAUUUGCCGAGUUUGGUAGGUGCUCUGUUGGAACAGGGAGCUUCACCCAAUCUGCAAUCGGGCGUGGCGGAACUGAAAACUGCCUUACAUUAUGCGGUUGAAUCGAACAGUGCAGAUGUGAUCAAUGCUUUUAUCAAUUAUAAAUUGGCCUCUGAAGAACAAGCGGAACAAGUGGAUUUCAAUUUGAAGAAUGCACUGGGAGAUUCGCCAUUGAGUUUAGCCCUUGACUUAGGCAACAAUGAUUUAGUUCCUUUGCUGAUAAAGGGUGGAGCCGAUGUUAAUGCCCGUAAUGGACAGGAUAUGACGCUGUUGCAUCAAGCGAUUCUCAAGGAGGAUUCAAACACAGCGGUUUUUCUUCUCAAUCAAGGUGCCGAUAUGAAUGCGUUGACAGCGGAUCAAGAAUCUCCUCUUCAACUGGCAAUCCAUUGUCGUUUGCCGGAUGUUGUUGAUGCUCUGUGCAGUCGUGGUGUGUCGUUUAGUGCUCCGGACAAUAAAGGGGAUUGUCCUCUCUGGUCUGCUCUGGAGUCGGAGCAGUUCGAGAUUGCUUCGGUGCUUGUGCGGCACGGUGUCGAUACGGAUUGUUGGGGUCCAGGUCCCGAGGGGUGCCUACAGACUCUGCUACAUCGUGCUAUCGACGAAAACAAAGAACAAGCUGCUCAAUUUCUCAUACGAAGUGGUUGUGAUUUGGAUUCACCGCGACAACCGGGAGCGCAAGGCCAGGGAGGGGACGAAGCUAAAGAUAAAGCUUCUCCAUUGCAUUUAUGCUGCCAGUGGGGACUGCGAAACGUGCUUCACACCCUAAUCGACCACGGAGCCAACGUCAAUGCCAUCGAUUGCGAUCUCAAAACACCGCUUCAUAUUGCGAUCGAAAAUCAACACGAGGAAAUCAUCGGAAUAUUGCUGUGCCACCCGGGAAUUGAUUUGAAAAUUCGCGACAAAUCCGGAAACACGCCGUUUGCUGCAGCGUUGCAAGUUAGAAACAACAAAGCUGCGCAAAAUAUCCUCGAGCGGCUGCCGAAUGCGGCGGAACAAAUGGACCAAAGAGGGCGAAACUUCCUUCAUUUGGCCAUAAUGAGAGAUGAUUUGGAAUCUGUUCUGUUUCUGCUUUCCAUCCACGUUGACGUGAAUUCCCGUGUUCACGAUGUUAACCAGACCACACCGUUACAUUUGGCCGCCGCAUCGGAAAAAGAAAUGCUCAUACGUAAUCUAAUUCUAGCGGGAGCUCGACUGAACGAUCGUGACGCCACACAAAAAACCGCUCUACAUAUAGCCUCCGAACGUGGCACGCUAGCGGCGGUAUCUGCUCUGCUCCAGAAUGGGGCUGAUUUUGAUGCCGUCGACGGGGACGGCAAUAACGCUCUGCACAUUGCUGUUCGGGAAGGUCACAUUUCGGUCGUGCGAGAGCUUCUCACUGAGUCCGAACUCAAUGCCGAAGCUGUCAACUUGAAAGGAAGAAAUCCUCUACACGAGUUAUGUCGCUGCGGUAAAGACAAUACAGCUGCGGGGAUCCUGGAAUUGUUUAUCGAAUGCAUGCCUAAAUACCCAAUUAAUGCACCGGAUUUGCAGGGUAACACUCCGCUGCUGCUGGCAUACAUGCGAGGACAGGCUCAGUUGUGUAGAAUUCUGGUGAAAAAUGGCGCUUGUCUUGGGGCAGAGAACAAGGAGGGCGUCAACAUUUUCAAUUUCAAAUUGGCCACCAAUCAGUUGCUGCAUCGGUUGCUAGAUGAACUGCCUCAGGAGUCACCUUGGGCUUCUUCUGAACUUUGCCAAGAAUGCGGUACGAAGUUUACCAUCACGAUGAGAAAGCAUCAUUGUCGCCACUGUGGCCGCAUUCUGUGUAGUCGAUGUUCCAACAAUGACGUUCCGAUAAUCAAGUUUGGUAUGAAUAAACCGGUUCGAGUGUGCUGCGUUUGCUUCGAAGUGUUCCAGAUUGGCAGCGGCGCGUAAGUUUUGUUUUUUUAGAUUUCGUCAACAUUUCAUACUACACUUUCUCACUUUGGGAAAUGUAGUGUUCAAAAACAUCUCAAUUCCUAAGACGUUUAUAGCAAACGACAUCCGAUUUCGACCGAACAAACCGAACAAUUCUAUAUUUCAAAGUGCGUUUUUUUAAACGCUGACGCUUUACAGUAAGCUUAUUGUAUGUAUGGAAACAUGUAUUCGAGUAUUUAGCAAGAAUGUCAAGAUAUUCACAAUAUAUUCAAUUAUUACAGAAAAAUACAAAACCAAACUUUAA